CAGUGAUGGCACGCUAUUGGCUGAGAGUACAUUCCCGGAAGAGGCUGUUAGUCGUAGAGGCUUCAGGACAAGAGGCUGGUGUGUUCUCUCUGCUGACGGCGACGUCACCGCGGCGUAGAACCAGCGCUUACUGCUUCCCUGGACGGCGGCCGCUCGUUGCUAUUCACAACGGAGAUGCGCUGCUGGUGGUUCCGCCUGUCACACCGGCUCACCCAUGGCCAGUGCUAGAGCGCUGACAACCAGUCCCGGCAGGGCACAGCUAGCAGCAGCACCACCACAGUCCGGGGCAUGUGGGUCUCUCAGCAGCAUGGAAGGGAUAUUGUACAAGUGGACCAAUUAUCUGAGCGGGUGGCAGCCAAGAUGGUUUCUCCUGUGUGGCGGUAUACUGUCCUAUUACGACUCCAAGGAAGAUGCAUGGAAAGGUUGUAAAGGAAGCAUCCAAAUGGCUGUGUGUGAAAUUCAAGUUCAUUCCACAGAUAGCACUCGGAUGGACCUAGCUAUUCCAGGGGAGCAGUACUUCUACCUGAAAGCCCAGACUGCUGCAGAGCGACAACGGUGGCUUGUUGCAUUGGGUUCUGCAAAGGCCUGUAUAACCGAUAUCAGAACAAAGAAAGAGAAAGAGUUUAGUGACAGCACAGAAGCUCUGAAAACAAAGAUGUCAGAAUUAAGGCUGUAUUGUGACAUCUUAGUCCAGCAAGUGAACAAAACCAAGGACAAUUCUAUUAUUAGUACGUCUGAACCUCAGGAGAAACUUGAUAUGGGAACACUUUUGAAGUCUACAUGCAACACGUUCCUGAAAACCUUGGAAGAGUGUAUGCAGAUUGCAAAUAGCACCUUCACAUCUCACCCGGCAUAUGCCACACCUCCAGGAUCUCCUCACCUCUCCGUCCUCAGGCCCAACAAGGUACGGCGAUCUACUUUAUCUGGUCAUGUUACAGCACAAAGGAAGAUGGAGCUAAACAACAACUUUAAGAACGGCUCUAUAAAAAAGGAGAGCAAGCAUCACGACCAUUCCGUUAUUGAAAACAUCCGUGUUCUCGGAAUGGAGAUUUCAGAGACUGACUCUGUGGCUUCCCAGCAUAAUGAAAAGCCCAAAGACUUAAGAUCCACUGAGGAUGCUCUGGAUAUAAUUUCCUUACAUACGGAGAGCUCAGACGUCUGUGACCUGAGAGAUGAAGGGACAGGCAGCGCACGUGCAGAUUUACAUCCAGUAACUGGCACAAUGCAGCAAGAUGAAGGCGGAGGGAUUGUGGAUGAAGGUGGAGGGGACAAAGCUGAAGAUCUGCCUCAAACAUUUUUCAGCACAAUGACUCACAGAUUCAGCGAUAUUGUAUAUGAAGGAGAAGAGGGAAUACCAACAGAAUUUUUCCUGGAUUCCUGCUACGCUGUAGUGCCCAUUCUUGACAAGCUUGGGUCAACAGUAUUUGCCCCUGUAAAAAUGGAUUUUGUUGGGAACAUAAAGAAAAUAAAUCAGAAAUACAUCACCAAUAAGGAGGAGUUCACAACACUUCAGAAGAUCGUUCUCCACGAAGUUAAUGCCAAUGUGGAAAACAUUCGGAACUCUGCCACUGAUGCGCUCUUGUGGCUAAAACGGGGACUCAAUUUCCUUUUCCAAUUUCUCACUGAAGUGAAAAAUGGUGAAGACAACAUCCAAACCGCAUUAGGUAACGCAUAUGGUAAAGCAUUGCGACAGUAUCAUGGCUGGGUGGUACGAGGUGUCUUUGCGUUAGCUUUAAGGGCGGCUCCUUCGUACCAAGGGUUUGUGACUGCUCUGACCGUGAAUGAAGGGGAUGAGAAAGAUGAGUCUUUCUUUGAGGCCAUGAUAAGAGACCUUAACAUAUACCUGCCAGCCAUGGAAAAGCAGCUAAACAUUUUGCACUCUUUGUAUGAAGAGCACGGUCUGGAAUCGGAUGAAGUAGUAUGACUGCAGUGGGAUCGGAUUCCAAUUCAGGGAUUUUAGGUCUAAUUAUUACUCCGAGGAACGCCGGGACAGUGUCUUCUGGGCCGGACAAAUCUCUCUAUAGAGCAUUGGAAAUCACGUCCAAGGAGCCCCAAUCAUGUAAUCGCUGAUAAAGUGUCAUAGCAACUUAUCUCCUCUUGGGGAUCCCUGUUGUAUAAAUGGACUUCUGCUGAAGGAUGCUGUCCUAUUAGGAUGCUUAUUUAUGAACUUUAUGUUUUGCUUAAUGUAUAAUAUGCAGCUUUUUUAUAGUGAUGUUUAUUUGUUUUUAAAGUCAUGAACAAUCUUUGUGUAAAGUAGUACACAUGAAAUCUUUGCUAUGGAUCUGUAACAGCAAUAGGAGGCUUCCGUUUCUUCAUGUCAGUGACUCUAAUGAUAACCAAGCAAGUUACAGAUCAGCAACAGAUGGGUAGGAACGGCUCACCUACCUCUAGCGCUGACCUUUUUUUAUAAUGCCGUUCCCUAUCAUCAUGGGAUAGAACUUUUGUCUAGCCACAACACUCAGGAUGCUGUCUCUCAAGAUUUGUUGUCUAUAGCAUAUGCUGUAGGUGUUACUCUAAGUAUAUUUGCUUCUAAAAAAAGAUAUUUAAUAAAUGGCUAGUGGCAAAUAUUAAUUUA